AUGGCUACCAAAGCGGAGUCCGGGACAGAGAAACUACACCCUAUUCAUCCAGGCGAAAUCCUCAACGAGGAGUUCCUCCUUCCGUUGGGAGUAACUCAAUAUCGUUUGGCAAAAUCCAUCGGCGUCGAUACACGCCGCAUUCAUGCCAUCGUCCAUGGAAGGCGCUCUAUUACGGCUGAAACCGCCCUACUGUUCUCUCGCUUCUUUGGAAACAGCGCCGAGUUCUGGAUGGGACUGCAAAGUCAGUAUGAUUUAGAAACCGCGGAAGACCGUCUUUCCCAAAGGCUGGACAGUGUAACGGCAUACUCAAUCGACGAUAGAAUAUAG